UUACAGGAAAUGUGCUUACUACAGCUCUCAUGUCUUGGGCUCAGGUUUCUAAAUUUCAGGGACAUAAAUCGUUUGUAUUACAGUUUCUUGCCUUCUCCCACCUGAAAUUAGAAACUGAGGUCGACCCUGUCUGGGGGCACUGGCUCCGGAGCUGGUGGCAGCAGAGGAGGAGGCCAGCCUGCGCGGCCGAGGAAAGCGAGGGAAGGAGGUGGAGGAGAGGCCGGGACAGCGCCUCCCGCGCGGUCUGGACUUUGACGCCGGGAGCACACCCCAGAGCCAGAGGUAGACAGCUCCCACCUGCUCUGGGGCCACAGCGGUCAAGGGUGGUUCUGAGAAACUCACCUCCCUGUGAGCUCAUGGAUGCUGGGCUCCCCAGCCCGGGGACAGAAGGGGACAGAAGGAGUGGAGACUGGGCUGACCAGGCCCCUGCUGGGAAAUGCUGGGUCAGUCCACGUGCCCCGGAGUUUGAACCCGCUCAGCUGAUGGGUGGUGGCCAGGUGGCACCUGAUGGCUUCCCAGGCGGAACCCUCCUGUUUCUUCUCUGAGCCUCCUAUUGUGUUCCCUCCAUGACUCACACAGAAGUGACGAAUUUCAGGGACAGGGGCUUUGUGUGGCCUGAAGCAGAGGCCUUUGUGGACAGGGCGGGGAUGGCACCAGGAUGCCCUCCAUGCCGUCCCAGGAGGAGAACCCCUGUCCUGGCUGCAUGGGACCCCUGAAGGAUGCAGUGACCGGCACCUGUGGACACAUCUUCUCCCAGUCACGCCUCCUCCCGCCAUCCCAGAUGGGGGCCCAGCCCUCCUGCCAGGUCCUGCUGUGUGUGCUCUGCAAGGAGAAGGAGCCCACGAAGCCUCUCGUGGUCCCUGUGCCCCUGGGCCCUCUGGGGGAAACAUGCUGUGAGGAACAUGGUGAGAAGGUUUACUUCUUCUGCAAGACUGACGCGGAGUUCCUCUGUGUGGCCUGUCGGGAGGGCCCCUCCCACCGCACCCACACAGUGGGCGUCCUGGACGGGGCCGCUCAACCGUACUGGGACCAUUUCCGGAGUCAGAUGGAAGCUCGGAGCUUGGAGAAAAAACAGAUGGAGGGCACACGGAGGCGGGAAAACGAGAAGCUCCAAGAACUUCUGACUCACAUGGACGGCAAGAAGCAGCAGGUGGACGAGGCGUUCAGGCGGCUGCGGCAGGAGCUGGCGGACCACCAGUGUCUCCUGCAGGCCAGGCUGAGGAAGCUGGAGCAGCAGAUCCGUGUGGAGGGAGAGGCAUACACCUCCACGCUGUCCGAGGAGAUCGCUGGGCUUGGAGCCCAGGUCCAGGCACUGGGGGAGCAGCUCCAGCGGCCUGUGAGUGCCCUGCUGCAGGAUGUCAGAGCCAACCCGAGCAGGUAUGAGACAAAGACUUUUGUGACUCCGGAGACCAUUUCUCCAGACCUUGUCAAGAAGAUCCGGGAUCUCCACGGGAAAAUACUCCCCCUCCCAGAGAUGCUGAGGACCUUCUCAGAAACCUGGCGCAUUACCUGGACACAGACUCAGGGGCCGUGUCGCUGGACCCUGGGACCGCCCGCUGGAGCCCGGGCCUCCCCGACGACAGGAAGCCGGCGAGGCUCACCCAGGACAAGCAGGACCUGCCGCACAGCUCCCUGCGCCCCCAGGGGGUCCCGGCGGCGCGGGGCUCCCCCGGCUGCCCUUCGGGGCGCCAUCCCCGGCCCGGAGCCAGCGGGGAGGCGGUGGGCGUGGCGGGCGAGGAGGCGGGCAGCGAGGGGGCGGGGCCCGAGCUCAGACCCCGGCGUCCGGGCCUGGAGGGCCUCGCACCUGCGGCUCCGGGCGCGCACCUGCCGGACUCCGCCCCGCCGCGGAGCGGGACCCCGCCUUCGCCGCCUGCUUCCGGGCAGACCCCCCUGCUUGGCGGUCUGGGAAACCGGUUCCAGCUUGACUGAGCGGAGGCGGGGGGCGUCCAAGCGGCGCUGCGGCGGCUCUCCGCCGAGCUGGGCCCCGGAGACCCAGGGGCUGCUCCCGCACGAGGGCAAUGCGGGCGAGCCCGCGGGCUUUUGAAAAACAGAACAAAACACCGCUACAAUAAAAACUGCUACAGCUCCGGAAAUAAUCAUCACGGGGAAAAGCAGAACUUCGUCGGGCUUGCAGUCAUUAAUCCCGUGCUUCCAUCUCCACAGGGCGCAGGGCCUCUUCCUCCAGCUCGGGGUGGACCCUGCCCUCCCCCUUCUGACAUUUAGGCCGUGUUUCCUCCUUGCAGAGGAUGUGUAAUAAAGUGCAGGAACCAGCCAGACUUCUGCAUGUCCUGCGUCUAAUGUGCGGAAAGUCAGUGGCAGCUCCGGGAC